CAGGAAACGGAACCAGAAUCGAGAACUUUCCUCAAAACAGCACGAGACGGAAUAAAUAUUUUUAUUGCUCUUCUUCUGGGAAUUUACAGUGUGGGUUUUUGUCAGCUAACAUUCAUAAGCUAAUCCUGAUUCUGGUUGUCUGAGCUGAAGAUGAUCGAGGUGAUUUGUAACGAUCGUCUGGGCAAAAAGGUCCGGGUUAAGUGCAACUCAGAGGACACAAUCGGGGAUCUGAAGAAGCUCAUUGCAGCCCAGACAGGAACACGGCACGACAAGAUUGUAUUAAAGAAAUGGUACACCAUAUUCAAGGACCAUGUGUCUCUGGGUGACUACGAAAUCCAUGAUGGGAUGAACCUGGAGCUCUACUAUCAGUAGAGAACACGCAUUGAGUCAAAGAUGUACAGACAAACUAUUUGGUCAGCAAUAGUUUUCCACCAACAUGAGUGUGUUGCACGAAAUGUCAUCGAUCAGAAAGCUAGUCUGACAUCUGGGGUUUAGUUCUUAUUUGACCUGCAAAUUGUUGUGUGAAAGACAUGCAUUCUUUUUGUUUUGAUAUUUUUGAAUUAAAGUAGAUAUUUACAUACCGACAAGAC